AUGCCACAAGUCUCCGAGAGUGAGAUAUGCCAGGCAGUUCUGGGUUUCGUCACUGAAGGUGCCUAUCCUGAUGAGAAGGUGGUGGCGGCCAAGUUCCCGGCCGCGGCUCUAGCGAAGGAGUUGGAGCUCAUCUCACAGGCUCGAGAGCAAGUAGAAAAUGAAAUCAGCUCGCUCAGCCGUGAGAACACCUUCGAUGCGGACGAUUGGAUCAUCCAAGCAAAGCAACUGCACGCGGAUAUCGAGCGCUCAAGAGUCACUGCACGAGAGAUAGUCUCCCAGCAUGAACAAACGGAGCCUCUUCGAGCAAAAGUCGAAGAUGCCAGCGCCAAAGUAGCUUUGAUCGAGACGGAGAUCGCCUUCAAUCAGGCUGUGACAGAAACACUCGAGGAGGUGCAGCGACUAUGCCAGCAGUUGGAGUCCGGACGUACAACUAUGGGGGCUGGUGAAAUAACAGCCGCCAUUGAACAGCUGGAGUCUACUAAGAUGGCUAUUGAAACAGAUACCCCGUUUUCGAACACCAAUGUGAUGGGUAUACUUUCUGGCGAGGUAGCACGACUGCGAGGGGAGAUUGAAGAGGCAUUAUGUCUACGCUGGAGCGACCAAAUGAAGAUUGAUCGCGCAAAAGGCGAGCUUUGCAUUACCGAUGACACGGAUUCUUUGGAUGAGACCAUCGUGUCGCUCUCACGACUGGACAUUUUCUCAUCCGCCAACGAUAAAUUCCAGAAUGCCCUUACCACGACAAUCAUCGAUCCAAUUCUGCUACCUCGUGCGGACGGCAGUACUCGUGCCAUAGAGAUUUCGGUAACAGGUGUCCGUGUUGAGUCUGCGUCUUCUAAGACAACUAUUGCAGAAACCCUCAACCGCGUCACGGAUGUUCUCAAUUACUUGAGGCAAAAGCUUCCAUCGUCAAUGUCGGCAACCCUUCCUCAAUCCUUGAUCCCCGCUGUUGCUUCGAAGGCGAUAUCAGGAUUGCUGUCGUCUGCUAUUCCAACGACGCUGGUUGGCCUGGAAGACUUUGAAAAUACACUGGAUUGUGUUCUGCAUUUCACCAAGACGAUCCAGUCCUGGGAGUGGACUGGCCAGGAAGAAUUAGUCUCUUGGGUAAAUCAAGCCCCGAGGCUGUGGUUGACUCGGCGCCGGGUUGAUUCACUUGAUAGCGUGCGGAAAGCAAUCGCUGCUAGUAAGGGUACUACUAAACAAGUUGAAAGAAUUGAAAAGGAGAAGGUCUCUCAGGCGGAUGAAGCGCUCCUGGAGAAUGUCACCACUGAUGAUUGGGAUGCAGACUGGGAUGACGAGAAAGAAGAAGCACCCGCGGCCUCGGCGACCUCUCGGUCUGAAGAGGAUGAAGAAGAUGUCAGUGCAUGGGGUCUCGAUGAGGAAGAAAAUGAGGUCGCGGCCAAGCCUGAACUGGCUAAUGAGCCCGAAGAGGACGAUGCAGAUGAUGCGUGGGGGUGGGGUGAUGAUGACGAAGAAGAGAAGGGCGAUGGAAAUAAAAAGCUUCCAGUUGUCACUGAAAAGAAGCCCACGGGCGGAGAAAAAACUGCUCAGCCCUCACUGCCGAAAGAAGUGGUUCUUAGAGAAGUUUACACGGUCACCGAUAUUCCAGAUUCUAUUCUUGAGAUCGUACUCCAGCAGAUCUUCGAUUCCAAGGAUAUUACUCAACCUGCGCAUUCUAAGUCUCGUGUAGCCUCAUCUGGCGCUGGUCUACUUGCCCUGCCUACUUUGAUUCUGGCCAUGUUCAAGGCCACCUCAUCGUCCUUCUACUCGUUGAAGCUCAAUUCGGGGCAAAUGUAUCUUUACAAUGACAGUUUGUACCUCGCUGGCCGUGUUCGAGAGCUCAUUGAAGAUCACGAGCUUUCCAGGCUCACCCCCGAUGUUGAAGCUCUGGAAAGAUUUGGCAAAAUUGCUUAUAGCAAGGAGAUGCAAACUCAAAGCACCAUCGUUAGCGACCUGCUGGAUGGCACUCAAGGGUUUGGACAAUGCUCUGAACAGCCCUACAAAACAGAAUGUGAAAAUGCUGUUAGUGCAACGGCUGACCGGAUUCGUGAUGUCUACAAGGAAUGGCAGCCCAUCCUUUCACAUUCCGCACUACUCCAAUCCAUUGGAUCUCUCUUGUCCACCGUGAUUGGUAAAAUCAUCAUGGAUGUUGAGGACCUUGGUGAUAUCUCCGAGGAUCAGUCCAAACAACUGGUUUUUUUCUGCAACCAAAUCUCCAGGUUGGAGGAUCUUUUCAUGCCGGAGUCUGCCGCUGAUUCUGAAGCCGUUCCCGUCACAGCCGUCUAUGUUCCGAACUGGCUUAGAUUCCAGUAUCUGAUCAACAUUUUAGACAGCUCAUUGGCAGACAUCAAGUUCUUGUGGGUAGAAGGAGAGUUGAGUCUAGAAUUCUCCAUGGACGAGGUGAUCGACUUAAUUGUCGCACUGUUUGCAGAGUCCGACUACCGCCGACGGGCUAUCGCAGAUAUUCGACGAGCACCUCGGGAAUGA